AUGUAAUCACUGAAAAGUGAAAACUCUCUUUUUGCUAAUUUCCGUUGGUUCACUCAACCGUUACUCUGCGUUGACUCACUCUCUAAGACAACUCCACUCUGAGUUGUCGUCGUCGCCCUCGCCAUGAGCAGCUGCUCCUCCGCCAGAGGGCCGGUGGCGCCCCCUGUUCCUCUGAUCGCCUUCCUCGAGCGCGUCCAAGAAGCCGCUCUCAGCAUCUUCGGCGCCUCGGGCUUCGACCCGAAGCGCUACGUCGACCUGUCCCUCAAAUCCGACCUCCCGGCCGCGGAGCGCGCCUUCGACGAGCUUCGGGCCUCGGCCACCGCUCUGGACUUGGAGACUUUCAUGCGGAGCUACUUCGAGGACGCGGGCGGCGACCUGGAGCACUACGAACCCCCGGAUUACACGCCGGAGCCGGAGGGGUUCCUGCCGGCAGUGAAGAGCAGGGAGGUGAGGGAGUGGGCGCUCGAGGUGCACGCUCUCUGGAAGAGCCUGAGCAGGAAGAUAUCGGAUGGAGUCAGGACCCGCCCGGAUUCCCACACGUUGAGGUUCCGCGAAGCUUAUUACUGGGAUUCUUAUUGGGUGAUUAGGGGACUGUUGGCGAGUAAAAUGUUUGAGACUGCGAAAGCUGUUGUGAAGAAUCUCAUAUAUUUGGCAAAUCGAUAUGGCUAUGUCCUAAAUGGUGCCAGGGCAUACUACACUAACAGGAGCCAGCCUCCUCUAUUGAGUGCAAUGGUAAGUGAAAUUUACGAUGCUACUCACGAUUUGGAAUUGGUUAAAAUAUCGCUGCAGGCACUACUCAAUGAAUAUGAGUUUUGGAAUUCAGGGAAACACAAGGUGACCAUACAAGAUGCUGAAGGUCGUAUUCAUACUUUAAGUCGAUACUAUGCAAAAUGGGACAAACCUAGGCCCGAAUCAUCCACCACUGACAAGGAGUCUGCGUCCAAGCUCUUGAGUGCUUCCGAAAAGGCGAAUUUGUACUGGGAACUUGCUUCAGCUGCUGAAUCUGGAUGGGAUUUCAGUGCGAGAUGGAUGAGGGAUCCUCUAGAUCUCACGACAAUGGCAGCAACUUCAGUGCUACCUGUUGAUUUAAAUGCAUUCAUACUGGGGAUGGAACAUGAUAUAGCUCUUUUUGCUGAAGUUAUUGGAGAUAAAAGUACUUUUGAGCGCUUUGUCAUGGCUUCUGAAGCAAGAAAAGAAGCGAUAACCUCAAUAUUUUGGAAUGAACAGAAGGGACAAUGGCUUGACUACUGGCUUAAUUGUAGCAACUCAUGCUCGCCUUACAUAUGGGACACAUUAAACCAGAACCAGAAUGUAUAUGCAUCAAACUUCGUUCCUUUGUGGAUUAACCCAUUCUACUCAGAUGCUUCAAUGGUACAUAAAGUCGUGAACAGUCUCAAGCAUUCAGGUUUACUUCAGGCAUCGGGGAUUGCAACUCCCUUGCAGAAUUCAGGGCAGCAGUGGGACUUCCCUAAUGGGUGGGCUCCCCUCCAGCACAUGAUCGUCGAAGGCCUGGUGAAAUCCAGUUCAACAGAUGCUAGGCAAAUGGCUGAAGACAUAGCUGUGAGGUGGAUCAGGACAAACUAUGCAGCAUACAAGCAAACCGGAAAAAUGCACGAGAAAUACAAUGUCGUGAAUUGUGGGGAAUUCGGAGGCGGUGGUGAAUAUGUUCCUCAAACUGGUUUUGGCUGGUCGAAUGGAGUUGUAUUGGCUUUCUUGGAGGAGUUCGGGUGGCCUCAGGACAGGGAAAUAAUAGAUCGGGAGUGAUCAGUGAGCUUCGUUGGCCACUGCUGGAUGGAGUUUGAAUAUAUAUUCGUCUCAACUCUUCCAAGAAGCUCUAGAGUUAAUUAUCCGUGAGCUCCAACAUGUGUGAGUUCAAGGUUAUGAAUAAUGAAUAUCUUUCUCCAACCUAUACUCACUGAACAUCAUCAGAUUGCUAAAUAAUUGUACAAGAUACUAUUGAUGAGGGAGGAGUGCGGCCAUUGUUGGCCUCGCAAGGUGAAGAUAUUCGAAGCCUCUUGGUCGUUGCAUCUGGCUUGGCAGCCUUCCGACCUCUGGAAAAGUUUCAAUCAUGACCUGGUGAUUUCCGUCAGUUUCUUGCCCGGUCUGUUCUAUUGUGUGUUCAUCGUAUUCUAUUGUAUCCUUAUUAAAAAUACAACGUCAUGUUCAUAUUGGCAUGGGCGUUGAAAAAGCUUCACGUAAAAAAAGAUCGACAACUUCCAGGAAA